GCAGCUGUUGUUUGGUGCUGAAAUAAAAGUUUGCUUGGCAUCGAAAUUCUAGUUUAGCUCGUUUAAUUAAGUAAACAGUAAAUGGUGAGUGAUACACAUCACUUCAUCUAGUAGGUAAAAGUGGGUGCUAUAAAAGUUUUUAAUCUCAGUUGCUAUACAAUAAUUGUGCUAGUUGUAUACAUAAUUUACAUAUAGAUAUAUUUUGUAAAUAUAUAAUACUUUACUGAUGGCGCCGACUCCGCCCGUAAAGUUAAUAAUGAAAAACGACAGCGAUACAAGUCGCAGUACCGGUGCAGUGCCAAAACAAGCAACAGCAGCGACAACAACAACACCGCCAGCAACAACAACAAAUUCAACAACAUCGCCGGUAAGCACAAAUACUUCAUCUUCAUCGGCCACAAGCCGUUCGGCCACCAAUCGAGCUCGUAAUGCGGCGCUAAUCAAGAAGCAACAAGAACAACGGGAACAGGAGCAGCUGCCACCGCCCUUGCCCCCUGCACCUUUCAAGGCCCUAAAUGAUCUCCUGGAACGUGCCACAGUGAGAAAGUCACAGAUAGCGCUGCAAAUUCAGGCUCAGCAUCAACAGCAUCGCGAGGCACUGCGCCAACUGGUUGCCGAGCACAGUUACGACUCAACAGAUCAACAGCAACGUUAUUGCUUUCCCGUACGUCCAGUGCAACGUGUACAGCAUCAGCAACAACCGUCGACGACAACGACAACAACAACAGCAGCAGCCGCAACUUUGCAGCGCUUGCGUCCCACAACAGCAACCACUCCCGCUGCUGCCACCGUUGGUGUCGUCACACCCCACACAAACAACGGCAACGAGGAACAACAAUCCAUCACCAGCAGCAGCAGCAAUAACAAUAACAAUCUUCCGCAGCUGCCGCACACUGUGCUGCAGAAUCUGAUACGCCGUACUUUCGGUACACCAAGUAAUAACCCAACGCGGGCACAACUCGAAUUCUUGCGCACGUUGCUUGGCUUGGAUGUCAAUUGGAAUAGUCGAGAACUCACAGCAGGCACAUUAGAAGAACAAUUGAACAAAAUGGUGCAUGAAAUCAAUCCGCAUUCUGUUAACCAGGACGAGGGCAUUGUGAAUUCAACUAGCCUCGAAGAUGUUGCAUUAAGUGAGAUGAGCGACAAUCGUGCCCAGUCCAUACAAUCGCUGCACAGUGUAAUGGAGACUCCGACACCGGAUACAGCACCCAGCUUCGAUGAGCUGCAACAACGCUUGGAUGCCUCCAAUCGCAAUAUGCAGAACUUGCAGGAGGAGCAACAGAAGCUGCUGCAAAUACAAAACAUGGCCAAAACACAUCUCAAUGAAAUGGAGCAGCUGCGUCAACAGGCUGCUCGCUUGCCGCACAGUGGCGAUGGCGAUGCUCCCAACUACGAAUCGGUGCAGCAGGUGCAGGAUGACAUGGCCUCGCUAGUAGGUCGCAUGAAGAAUCUCACGGCUUUCAUACACAAUCAAAACGAACUGAGCAGCGUGCUGGGCGAUGAUGGUCCUGAGAUAUUGGCCGAGCAGCAGGCGCUGCAAGAGAAACUAGAAUCGUUGCGUACGCAACGCGAAGACAUGCGUGAAUUGGUCAACGAGUUAAACAGCAUCAAUAUGACGGCUAGACAGAGCGCACGUAAUGCUGCUGCAGCUCAGCGGCAGGCAAGGAAAGAGGCAUCGCCACCAAAACCAGUUGUGGCUAAGCCCAGCAAUGAGCGUGUGGUGCCCAUCGAGUAUCAACGCACCGCGCCAGUGUUGCGCCAGGAGGCCGCCGAUGCAGCACAGCGUGCUCUCCACGCUCAGGCCAUGAUCAAUCAAAAGACUGCGGACAUUGAUGCGCUUAAGGCACAAAUGGCCAAGCUUAAAGGCAUGCUGAAUACGGUCAAUCAGAUUGACCAAAGUACGCCCAGCGUUGGCACAACCUUGGAGCGUCUGAGCGCCGAGCGCAGUCAGUUGCCUAUUGAGCAGCGUGUGCACGAUCUGGACGAUGUGACCACAGAGUUGCGUGCCGAAGCGGCUUUGUUGCAAAAGGAACGCGAACGCAUUAUGGAAUUGAAGGCAGAGAUUGAACGUCGCAAGCAGCAGGCAGCUGCAGCAGUGCAACUCGGCGAGGAUGCAUUGCAGCGCGUCAGUUUGACGCCAACACCGACACCAAGCAGACAACGUGAGGUGGAGCAAGAAGAGCAGCAGGAACUGCAGGAAAGACAACAGUUCAAGCUGCCCUCGAAUAGUGAAUUGCGCGCCGAAUGCGAUCAACUGCGCGAGGAGUUUGAACGCACAAAGCGCGAGUAUGCGGCAUUGUAUGCCAACAACAUAAGCAGUAGCAACAAUAACAGCAACAAUACGAACACAAACACCACCUCGGAAGCGGAUGAUGAGGGCAACGAUGACACCGAUAGCGAUAGAUACUUUGGACAUGUGUGCAAUUCAUCUUCAACAACAUUAAAGCGUGCGCCAUCAGCUAGCACUGUAGUAGAGAAGCAGCAAUAUCAACAGCAGCAGCAACAGCGACGCAAUCAACAACAGCAGCAGCAACAACAACAGCAACCACAACAACAGUUGCCGCAAUCGCAGCCACCAGCGCCCGCUGCACGUUCAAUUUCCAAUAACGAGGAGGAGUUGAACAUGACGAUUGAUAGUCUGUCGAUGGGCAAUGACAGCAUUCAAUCGGGUAGCGCCAGAUCGCAAUAUAUGUUGCCCCCGCUUCCCGCUUCAGUGCAUGGCAUGUGGAACUCGCACAAUAGCACCAACGGUUGGCACUCGCAGCCAUCUUAUGUGCCAGCCGCGAGUAGCAAUGUGCCAGCUGCCCCACUGGCUCCACCAACAUCAUCGAAUGCUUCCAGCAGCAAUCCUACAUCGGAUGCUGUGUUGCUGCAACAAUUCAUGCAAACACAGCAGAUGCUCAUCAACUCGGUCUGCCAGUGCAAUCAGACGUUGUGGCAUCAGCAGCGCGAGAUCGACAAUCUAAACAAUCAAAUUCAUGUGUUGCAAGAUCGCUUGAAUGCCGCCACCUGUCAGGAUCAUGCUUACAGCUUGCGCUCGGAGUCUGUACCGCCGGCAAAUUUGCCCCUCACUGGUGGUUUGGCGCCCAACAACUUGUGUCUGGGCGGCAGCAAUCGCGCCCAAUCCGAGCAGCUGUAUGGCUUUGGUUCGAGCCAUCAGAGUGCGUUUAGCAACUAUCAUCGCAGCAGUCAUCGCAACAACAUCUACAGCAGCAACGAUCCCCAUCAACAGCAGACCUAUUUGAACAAUGCUGCACCACCGCCGCCACCACCUCAGGCACCAACAGCUCCGCAAGCAACGCACUACAACAAUGAGACGCCAUUGUCGCCGGGCUCAUAUCGUGCCAGUCCUGGUCCGAUAUUUAUGAAUCAUCACAACAAUACCAUCCAUCAGAACAAUGCCAAUUUGCGUACACAGAAUCAGCAUGCUAACAAUUUGCAUUCGUUGCCCGAGACUGGAGUGUUGCCGCCCACGCUGAAUAAUCAGGUGCCGCCAGGCAAUCGGGCCAAUAACUAUUGGGAUAAUUUCCGAAGCUAUACGCGUCAGAAUUUGCUCUCUAACAAAAGCAACGAGGAACUCAAUGUGGAGCAUCAGUAUCGCCAAAUACAGCGACAACGCCAACGCCCCAGUUACUUUCAGCCGCAUCCGCCAGCACAUUCCGCUCGCAGCAGCAGCAGCAUGAUGCUGCAACAGCAGCAACCACAACAGCAGCAGCAGCAGCAACAUCGGCACUUUUACGAGUCCACAGCACCGCAGCAACUGCACAACAGCAGCAACAGCAACAAUUUGAAUAACAGCUCAAGCAGUCGCGAUUGGCGCGAAGAUGCACGCAACGAUGACGAUGAUGUGGAGGAGGAGGACAAUAAUGAUGCAACAAUCUUUGGUGUUGGCAGUGGCUCAACUGCCAGACGACGCAAUCGUCGCCGCCAGCAGCUGCCCACGCAGCGGGACGAUGAUGGCGUCGUGCCGCAGCUGCCCACUGGUUCAUCCAAUUUGCUCAACAUGAAUGUGAACAGUCCGCUGUAUCAGCGCAACAAAUUGCCAGCCAAACCGACCACUUCGGCGGUGUCUCUGACGCCCGUGCAACAGCGUCAUUUGCGCUUCGACUUUUCCGUGCCCACCACACAGUACAUGGACUAUGACUUGCCUGAUAUACAAGCAAUACCAGCUGCUCCCUUGUACAAUGUGACGGGACAAGAGUCUGCAGCUGCAGCAGAUGAAUCAAACGCAACGUUAGAGCAGACUGAGGACACGGCUUCCGAAGAGCUCAAUCGAAAUUUGCUGGUCAACGCAUUAAAGAAUGAUAAAUUCACCACAAAGUUUUACGAGUCGAUUAAAGAGGAUGUUUACCGCCGAUUGGAAACACUCUUCGAGCAACAGCAGCAGCAGCAACAACAGCAGCAACAGCAACAACAACAGCAGCAGCAACAACAGCAGAAGCAACAACAGCAAGUCCCGCAACAGCAAUUGCCACAGGAGCAGCAACCCAGCGAGCAACAGGUUUACAAUGAUGUGCACAGUUUACGCAAGACAAUCAAUCAGGGGCAGGCAAACAGUGUGCCACCUGUUGAGGAGCUACGACUAAAUGGCACCACGGAGGCCACAGAAAGUGGCAGCGAAACGCCACCGCAGUCACAAUCGGUAAACGACAGACCAGAGGAUGAGGAAAGCUUGCCGGCAGUAGCUGACGUUGUUGCAGCAGCAGCAACAGCGUUAAUUUCACAGCCAGAGCAGUGCGAGACAGCAGCUGCAAAUCCUGUCGUAGAUAACGAAGAUCAAAUCAUUGAAGUUGUCAUCGAGCGCCCUGCUUCUCCUGUAGCCAGCAUUGAACUGGCUCCCGAUCAUGAACUAAUCGACUACAUUAUCAAACGCAUACGCAAUCAGACGCACAAUAACACGGUAAUCAAUGAUUCACUCCUCGCCGAGGUGUCCAAACUGACUGCAAAUGCUGCACAAAACUCUGCUGCCAGCUGGGCACCAAAUACAACAUCGCCACUCAUCUCGCCCAAGCGCAUUUAUGCCAAGAUUAAAAAGAUGGAACUGCCGCGACAACGCGACGAGUUUUUGCUCUGGUAUCGCACAUAUCUGGAGCAAUUGUUUGUGGUGGAGCAACCGCAUAAUGGCUGCACAGCCAAGUCCAAGACUAAGGAGGAGAGAGGCACUUCUAAGAAGCAGAGCAAUAAACGUGUACGCGCUCAAUCACAUUCACAGGACUCGAACAAUGACGCCGACUUGGCCGAAGCGGAUCAAAAGAAGGUGUCACUAAAUGGCAACGAUCAUGAGUGCGAAAAUAACGAGAAUCCCGAAGAGGAGGCCAGCGCAGCUGCAGCCGAGUCAAGUUUAGACAAGUAGUUAGUUAUAUGACUUAACCCGGAACCACAUUCCUAACCACAAUCACACGCAUCUAUAUACAAUACCAUGUGACAUUAUACUCAUGCAAAAUUGACAACAUUUAGUUACUAACUGCACUAGGCAGUCCGUUUUAUUUAAAUUUUUGUUUUGGCUUCUAUGCGCAUUUCAUUUGUAUUAAAUUAUACACUUACUAUAUACAACUAUACUCUCUUCAUGCGGUCUGACUAAACAAACGGUAAGAUGAGGCUGAUAGAAUGUUGUUUUAGACAUUUUAAUAUAUACAUUUUUGCUGAAUUGAGGAACUAUCUAUACACCACCGUAAAAAACGGAAGGAUCCAAAAUGUUGAGAAUUUUAGAAAGCAUUGUUCAUAGUCUGAAGGAAUUGUAUUGUAAAAUACGUAAUAUUUUAUUUCUUUUCAUACGUUAACAAUUUAUAUGUCAUUGAUCACUUGUAAGAAAGCAAUAACAAAUUUUAUUUAAUGACCCACUGAGUAUAGGAAACUUUCGUUACGAAGGGAUCACAGGGGAAUUAACAAUCAGGACUUUAGAUUGCCGCUUGAGGUAGUUAGGUGCUCCAGCAUGCGAUAAUAACAGUAGCGACUAUCGUACUCCAUGUCAUACCAGAAGUUAACAGCAAUACACUUGUGACUUUGCUGCACAUGAUGAAACCAAUAAUUGGGCAGGUAGAGCACAUCACCAGCAUGUACACGAACGCGUAAUGGACGUGCCUGGGCAUAUUGCGGAUAUUUGGCCAGAUCGGGUGCCAAGGGAUCGAUGCUAAUCCAUUCCGUCAGCUGCUGCGUAUCCUCAUCCAUCAAUGGAUCAAUGUAGAACUGACCGCAAGGUUUGCGCUUAUAUAUUCCAGUGGGAUAAGUGCGACGAGGCACGCAGGGCAAUUGAUGUGGUGGCAGUAGAAUGAAAUCCUUGUAGCCCGCUAUGACGCAAUACAAAUUUUCAUAGGGAUCCUUGUGCAUCGAAGUGAUGGCGCGUUCAUCACCCAGCCAAAAGUUAA